AUGUCUUGGGAUGAUGAUGUUAUUGGUGGGUCUGCCGCUACGGGAGACGACAACGUUCUUUUGGCGUCCUGGGAUGACGAACUGGGCGACGAACCAGUGAUGGAAUCGUGGGAUGCACCUGAGGAACCAAAAUCCGAACCAAAACCAAAGAGUAAGCCCGCAAGCGGUAAGAAGAGCAAGGCAAAGAGUGUGGAACCUGAGCAGAAAUUGAUGGCUAUCGACGUUCUGGAUGAAAAAACUCGUCAAGAACUAAUCAAGAAGGCAGAACUAGACUCAGACUUGAAUAAUGCAGCAGAUUUGUUUGCCGGUUUGGGAGUCGCAGAAGAGCAUCCAAGAGCUGCCGCUCUAAGACGAGAACAAGAAGCACUAGCAGCUGCCGCAGCUACUGCUCUGACAAAAGACACACCAAUCGAAAACCAUCCGCUUUUCCAAACAGCAGAAACCAAGAAGGACUACCAGGAUUUGAGAAAAGCUGUCUCGACAGCCGUCGUUUCUAUGCAUGAGAAAUCCUCACUCAACUACGCCUCUUCCCUAGCCAUUGAUCUAAUCAGGGAUGUUGCCAAGCCAAUGUCGAUCGAAUCGAUCAGACAAACGAUCGCAACAUUAAAUAUUCUUAUGAAAGACAAAGAAAGAGAAGAAAGACAAGCAAGAUUGGCUCGUGUCAAAGGUGGUACCGCACAAGGAGGUGCAGGAAAGAAGAAGGCUAAAGGUGCCAAGGCCAAUCUCGGUGGUGCGUUCAAGAAAGAUCAACAAUUCGACAUGGGAGAAGUUGAAUUCGACGAUUUUGGUGAUGACGACUUCAUGUAA